UUUCAGUAUUCAAACUGACGCAGGACAGAACGUUUCUACAAACGAAAACGUCUGCACGGCUGAAAAUGGAUUAUUAUACAGUGAUAGAGAAAAGCCUGUUCAUCCUCAUAGUUUACAUUCAUCUAACAUCAGCAGUUUCUCACUCUCUGAGCUACUUCUACACUGGAGUCACACCAGGAAUACAUUUCCCAGAGUUCACUGCUGUCGGUCUGCUGGAUGGAGAGCAGAUUGUGUACUACGAUAGUAACAUCAGGAAAUUGAUCCCAAAGACAGACUGGAUGAAGAAGAGUGAGGAUGAAGAUUACUGGAACAUGGAGACACAGAAACAUCUGGAUGAUCAGGAGGUCUUCAAAGUUAAUCUAGCUACAGCAAUGAAGCGCUUCAAUCAGACUGAAGGGGUUCACACAGUGCAGUGGAUGUACGGCUGUGAGCUGGAUGAUGAUGGAACCAGUACAGGAUACAUGCAGUACGGCUAUGAUGGAGAAGACUUCCUCAGUCUGGACCUGAAGACUGAUACCUGGACUGCAGCCAACGCUAAAGCUGUUAUUACCAAACAGAAGCUGGAGAGGACACCUUAUUAUGCUGUGUUCCAAAGGGCCUACCUGGAGAAUGAAUGCCCUGAUUGGUUACUGAAGUAUGUGGAAUAUGGCAGAUCCACUGUGGAGAGGAAAGUUCCUCCUGAGGCGUCUCUGUUCCAGAAGGACUCUUCUUCUCCAGUGGUGUGUCAUGCUACAGGUUUCUUCCCCAAAGCAGUGAUGAUCUCCUGGCAGAAGAAUGGAGAGGAUCUGCAUGAGGAGGUGGAGCUCAGAGAGACGCUACCCAACCAGGAUGGAACCUUCCAGAAGAGGAGCGUUCUGACUGUCUCACCUGAGGAGCUGAACAGACACAACUACACCUGCAUCAUUCAGCACAGCAGCCUGGAGGAGGAGAUGGUGCUGCAGGUGUCUGAUCACAAGAUCCUGCAAGAUGGAGGGUCAGUUGGUCUUAUCAUAGCUGCAGUUCUAGCUGUUCUCCUGACUGUCCUCAGUGUCUGUGUUGUAUUGCUCAUUCAGAGGAGGAACUCUGGUUUUAAACAUGUUUCGAGAAGCCCCAGUUCAGGUUGUGAGUCUGAAAGAAGCUCAUCCACCAUCUCCAGCACCUCAUCUGAAUGAUGAUCAGUUGCAGUUAACAGCACUGAUGAAACACCACUGUUUUAUAUGUACAAACAGAACAGGCCAGAAAUGUUACAUUGUUGCUCUGUUAACAACCAUCACAGCGUGUUUGUUGAAAACUAGCUUAUUGGCCUCUAUGUGGAAACGUCUUCUCUGUGCUGAUAACCGUUUCCUACAGUGAGCUGGUUUGAACUCUUCCAAACUCUGAAUGUAGCACCUCAUUGAAUUAAUAAACUUUCAGGUGUGAGUGAGUGAGUGAGUGAGUGAGUAAGUGAGUGAGAGAGAAAGAGAGAGAGAGAUUUUUUGGGUUUGUUUAUUUUCAUAUACCAGGGGGGUGUUCCACAAAGCAAGAUUUUUCAGUUUAGCUAGAUAACUUAAGCCCAAAGUCAAGCCUGUCCAAUAGGAAAAGAGCUGAGGGACCUCCCCAUUGGAUAGUCCCCAACUUUGGGCUUAAGUUAUCUGGCUAACUGAGAAAUCCUGCUUUGUGGAAUACCCCCCCCCCAGGUUGGUUGGUUUGUGUUUUGGUUUGUCAGGCCCUGUUUUGUUAUGCACUUUUGCCUUUUUUUUUCUUUUAUCUUUUUUUUUUAGUGUUCGUCUUUGUAAAUUAGUAUAUUUUGUAGUGGAUUACAGUAAAACAAAGGAUUUGCACAUGCACACUGCCUCUUUGCCUCCCUCAGUGUUACAGUUUGGGUGAGAGCUGUAGAGAUUUCACUGCUAAUGUAUUGAUACAGAUGGAACUUCAUAAUGUUUUCCAAAAUAUGCACAAAUAUCAAAGCUUAUUUGCUCAUUGUUACCUCUCUAAUAUGGCUAAUCCGUCCCCACAGCCCAGUACAAAGAAUAUAGUUGGGAAAUUUUGUUUAAAGAUGUCAGGAAGCACCUGAAACUCUUUCCUUAAUCAUGUUGGGGUCUAAAUUGAUUUCAUGUCUCUGAACCUGAAUGAGUAUAUUUUUAUCAAGCAUUUUUUUAAGUCAAAAUGUACUGAAAUAAAUUAAAUAAAGAAACUGUAAGAGAAAUGAG